AAACUCACUCACAUUCCCAGGACUGAUAAAUACUCACUCCCUGCUUGGCCGUGUCUUGCUCAGAGCGACCAUGAUUCUGCAACAGUGGUGGCUGACUUUGGCUGUGGAAUGCAUCUUUAUAAGCAUCUCGGGCCAGUCUUUUCCUCAGAAUAGACUGUGUGCAUUCCAAGUGACUCCCCAGACCAAAAGAUUUGCAACGGUUGGCAAUGUGAGUGGGUCAGUGCAGCUCUGUGAGAACACCACAUGCUGCGUGGGUUAUUAUCGGGUCAUCGAUGGCCAGCCAAAGGUUGACGUUCUUGCUUGUGAUAUUGUUGAAAAGUCUUGCCCAGAUGCAACCUGCAAGGCACAAAAACGCUUCAACGGUCGCCAAAUUAAGUGUGUGUGCCACACAGACCUCUGCAAUAGCAACAUCACUUGGACCCCAGAGUCGGCACAGCCUCCACCCACCUACUCUUAUUUUCUCGAUAAACUCAAGAAAGCUGCUGCAAUAAUUCUGACUGGAACUUUGCUGUGCUUCCUGCUGCUGAUUGUUGCAGCCAAAUGGAGAAGCCGAUUUAAAAAGAAAAAAUCAGCAAUACGGCUAAAAACGAGGACAAUGAAGCUGAACAAAGAGAAUCCACUCUUUCUUGAUGAUUACGGUGUCUCACGACUGUGUUCCUGCCAAACAACAAAAACCUCUGAGAUCAAUGUCGCUAACAUUGAACUACAGCAGAUUGUACGCAAUGGACAUUUUGCAAAUGUCUGGCAGGGGAAAUACCAGGGAUCCAUGGUGGCUGUGAAAGUUUUCCCUGCAGGCUGGAAAACUAAAUUUACUGCAGAGAAGGAGGUCUAUGAGCUACCACUAAUGAAGCAUGCUGGGAUUAUCCACUUCCUGGGCACUGGGAGGAAACCAGAUGGAGGCAGUUGGCUCAUUGUCCUGCAAUUUGCUGAAUGUGGUUCUCUCCACUCCUAUCUGGGUAAACACACCACCGACUGGAAAUUGUCACUGAAAUUGUGCCGGUCUUUAUCACAGGGAGUUUCCUAUCUCCACUCUGACCUUCACAGACAUGGUUUGCAUAAACCACCUGUGGCCCACAGAGACUUCAGCAGCUCCAACGUGCUCGUGAGAGUAGAUGGGACCUGUGUCCUGUGUGAUUUUGGAUGCUCAACCAUCCUGCGUUCUUGUUCAGAACAUCGUCGCUGGCAGAGCCACACAAUAAACAUGGAGGGUCACACUCAGCUGGGCACACUGCGCUACAUGUCUCCGGAGGUCCUGGAAGGCCAUGUAAACCUGAGCAACAGCUGGUGUCUCAUGCAGGGGGACAUAUAUGCGCUGGGACUGCUGCUCUGGGAGAUCUGGAUGCGCUGCUCUGAUUUAUUUGAAGGCGGUAUUGCUCCACAGCAUCUUUUGCCUUAUGAAUCUGAGCUGGGAGCCAAUGUAACGCUGGAGAGCCUCGUCCAGCACGUGUUUCACAUGGACAAGAGACCCUCCAUACCUAAACACUGGGAAACGCUACCACAGGGAUCUGUGCUGCUGGAGCUCUUGACAGAUUGUUGGGACUGUGACCCGGAUGCUCGACUGACUGCUCAGUGUGUAGCCGACAGAUUAGUCUCUCUCGAGUCUUGUUACACUCUAUGACUUUUUUCUUCUUUGUUUCCUUUUUACUCUUCGGUUGAGUUGUAAUAUACAUAUCAAGCGUUUGCUUUGUUCUUUGUGUCAUUACUGUUUAGAUUUUCAGUAUAUUUUCAUCAGUUUGAACUGAAUAGGCAGCCUCUUGUUGAAGUAUGACUUAUUCUUCUUCUUAUUGCUGGUCACACUUGAUGUUUAUGUUGAUCUGCUGGUCAUACUUCAAUGAAUCAAUUUUAUUUGUCACAGGAAAUCGCACAAGGUGCAAUUCCAGUGAAAUAUUAUCCCAUCAGCUCCUUCAACUUGUGCAUGAUUCAUUAUAAGGCAGAAUGUGGCCGUACUUGUUUGUAUGUAGGGGUUAGGCAAGAUAGUCAUCAUGUAUUGUUCUAAUUGCUGUUCCGAUGAUUAUGCUUGUUUGAUUGCAGCGCAGUUGAGUCUGUGUUACUGUUAUGUAAUGUGUCCUUUAUGUUGCACUCUAAAUACUGCAAAAACUAUUCUUAUCCAGCUACAUUAUAUACAAAUAAAAAGCCUUUUGAUAAUUGCAUAA